AUGAUGGAGAAAGGGCCCCCCAACUCCAGUGAAGGCCAGCAAGGCUGGUUCUCAGCCAGGAAUGGCAGCGGCAGCUCCUUGGACCUGGAGUCUGUGGUGCAGCCCCUCGCCUUGAACCCGUGGGAUGUUGUCCUCUGCAUCUCGGGGACCAUCAUCUCCUGUGAGAACGCCAUCGUGGUCGUGGUCAUCUUCUACACCCCGGCCUUCCGCGCCCCCAUGUUCCUCCUGAUCGGCAGCUUGGCCACCGCCGACCUCCUGGCGGGCGUGGGGCUGAUCCUGCACUUUGCCUUCGUGUACUUCAUCCCAUCAGAGGCCGUCAGCCUCCUCACCGUGGGGCUGCUGGUCGGCUCCUUCACGGCCAGCGUCUGCAGCCUGCUGGCCAUCACCAUCGACCGCUACCUGUCCCUCUACAACGCCCUCACCUACUACUCGGAGCGGACGGUCACCAGGACUUACAUCAUGCUGAUGCUCACCUGGGGAGCCUCCAUCUGCCACGGGCUGCUGCCCGUCCUGGGCUGGAACUGUCUGGCGGAGCCGUCGGCCUGCAGCGUGGUCAGGCCGCUGACCAAGAGCCACCUGGUGCUGCUCUCGGCCUCCCUGCUGGCGGUGCUGGCGGCGAUGCUCCAGCUGUACGUGCAGAUCUGCCGGAUCGUGUGCCGGCACGCCCACCAGAUCGCCGUGCAGAGGCACUUCUUGGCCAGCUCCCACUACGGCACCAGCACGCGCAAGGGCAUCGCCACGCCGGCCGUCAUCCUGGGCACGCUGGCGUCCUGCUGGCUGCCCUUUGCCAUCUACGGGCUGCUGGGGGACUGCAGCUCCCCGGCGCUCUACACCUACGCCACGCUGCUCCCCGCCACCUACAACUCCCUGCUGAACCCCGUCAUCUACGCCUUCAGGAACCGCGAGAUCCAGAAGGUGCUGUGGGCCGUGUGCUGUGGCUGCGUCUCCCCCUCGCCGCCCUUCCGCUCCCGCUCCCCCAGCGACGUCUGACCCCCCAUCCUCACUCACCUUCACGUCACUGCAGCCACAGGGGGAUUUGCUCUCAUGCCCCCUUUUCAUGCAGGAGCUCUUGGAAACAAGCAGCUCUUCCCAGCCUCGUCCUUUUUGGGCACAACCCCUUCUUCUCCUCUAUUUUUCCACUUUUUGAAUAGAGAGAAAGACGUAUUUUUUAUCCAUAAUAUAAUCUAUAUUUAUGUGUGAGAGAGAGGGGGCUGAUCCUCAUAUUUUCUUUAAAACUAUUUAUGAUGCUUUAUUUUUUUAAGGGUGGGGAAACGCCAGGAACGUUCACCCCCCUCUUGUUUUUUUUACAGCCUUGUUAUUUACCUCAGAUAGUCAGAAUAUAUUUUAUACAUUUGGGGAAGGGGAGGAGAGACUCGUUGCCAGAGGAGGAGGGACUCAACCCCCUCCCCCCCUUCUCCAGCCGCCCAUUUAUUUAUUUAUCGGUAUUUGAAUUAUUAUUUAAUUUGAUUUCCAUGCCUCCCUCCCGCACCCAGUGCUGGGCCCUGCUGCCCUCUAGUGCUCGCUGCCUUCAGGAGGGGGGGCUGCCCGAGCCUCUGCACCCCCAAACCCACAAGUUUUGGGGUCCCCUGUGUGCUGCCACCCCC